AUGACAACAGAAAGAAAAACGCCACAGAAAACACAGAAGAAACGAGACACACUUGCAGAAAAGGGCAGAAAGUCUGUUGUUUCCAUUCCAGCUAAGAAACCAGCAACUAACAUCAUUCCUCUGAUAGUUCUCAACCCAGUCAUCAUUCCUCUAAUGAUUACCCAGACAGUCCUGAUUUGUUUAUUGAUUCCACGCACAGUCAUCCUUCUGAUGAGAUCCCAACACUUGAGCACCCAGAUGUUAGAGCAAAACCUCCAGAAGAGCUGGCUGUGCCAAAAGAAAUUCAAAGAAGCUCAAUUGCAAAAGUAGUUGAAAUCCAACCACUUCUUGGUCGGUUUCUGGACCACCUGUUAUUAGUGGAAGGAGGUCGCCGGGGGCCAAAACCAUCAAGAGAAGCCCAGUGGCGAGUUGGCCGACUUCUUUACGAAGUUGAUGAAACAUUAGCUAAUGUUAAUCUGUUGUGGAAUGACGAUGCCAUGGUACACAUACGCUGUGCCUUUAUUGAAGGCAAUCACCUUUUAACAAAGCCUAGGAAAGUAGGCACCUUACAAGCUUAUCUCUCUGCUUUGUUAAUGUUUUACAACUUUUUGUUGACCCGAGCAUCAAGUUUGGCAAACAAGUUUGUUUUCCAGCAAAACGAUUUUAGUUUAGUAAAAGAAUUUCAAGGCAGAGUGUCAAACUGGAUGAAGUCAUUCACUGAAGAAUCAGCUAGCAGGAAAACCGAAGUUCAUCAAGAAGAUUUUCAAUCACUUUUGACGAGCUCCCAAAUGUGGAAUUUGUUCAAUUCACCUCUUCACGACAAAUUUGAGAAACGAUUUGAGAAACUGGAUGAUCCAGAGAAUGAGCUUUGUGAUUACUUGAUAACGAUGCUACUUCUACAAAGCGCUCAACAUCCUGGGGCUGUUUGUAACUUGACUAUUAACAAAUUCCAAGCCGGAGAAUGGGAUGAGAGCACAAGUGUAAAACAGUUUGUCACAUUGACAAAACGCCACAAGACGGCAGGUGUGUUUUGUACCAUGACAAAAUGCAGGGCCUUCGCUCGGAAUAUUGAAUUUUUCAGGUACAAUGAGUGACAAAAUAGGUGGACCACUUUAGGCUGAGGCAGUAACAGGAAGUCCCAUCCCCCUGUUCAAUGUUGUGAGACUAAAAUUAACAUUUUAUCUGACCAGCUUUCGUGUCCUAGUGCAUUGUUGACAAAUCUACAUCACCUAUAUAUUGAUAAUUACAAGUGGUUUGCAAUAUAAAAAUUUUGCUUUUUACCCUACUUGUAACGUAUGCAUAUCAAAUGCAUAUCCAAGAUGGUGAAAUUCACGCUGCUUUUGAUAUAAAUAAGUCGAUUUAUUUCGAAAACCAAGUAACAUGCGGAAAUAAAUGAAAUUUAUAUAUCAUUUAAAAUGUUCUUUCAAAUAAGACAAACUUAAUUUAUAUUGCCAUAUCCCUUUAACAUUCCAAUUCAAGUGUCCCAGCUUUCAAUGUCACUGCUUGUAGUUGUAAUUCCUUCCCACUGCAGCAGGUUACAGUAUAUCUUCUCUACCUGUACUGGCACCUACCACUCAUGUUUUGUAACAGUAUAUUUGUCUAUAUUUAAACUUAAUUUGCAUUUGAAAAUUAACAGUCAUAAGAUUGUGCAUGAAUUCAACAAAAAAGUAAUAGUAAUAGAAUGCAUUCACCUACUUUUUUCUGUAAAAAAGGCUGGCUGGUAUCUUCACUAAUCCCAGACAUGAAACAAAAAAUAGGAGAGAACAAAAGGUUACUGAGUUUGUAUUGUAUUAACAAAAUUUUAUAACGACAUUUUUUCAGGUACUGGACCAGCAAGCCUAUCCUGGGAUACUCGUAUCUACAAGUGUGCCCAGAUUUACUUGGAGGUACUAAGACCAACUGUGGCAAACAAGCAUUAAUUUCUCCAGCGAAAAGACAAAAGAGAGAAAGAACCACUUUUCUUUCUGACAGUGAGGGGGAAUCCUAUUCCUUCUUCGCAGAUUUCUAACAGAAUAACUAAAGUUGCUAAAUUGCUAGACCCAUCAAUUUCUGGUAAUGUGACUGGAAAGCAAAUUCGUAAGUCGGCAGUAUCCAGCCAUCGACAGCUUGAUGACUCUGGCGAAUCAAGUGGGCUGUCGAAAGAAGAACUUGCUUGGCAAAUGUCCCAUUCAACGUCAACUGCAGAUGGACACUAUGCCAUGAGAGACACAAUUAAAGGUACAGUAUUUGCACAUAAAGCUAAGAUUUGUUCAUGCAACAAUUGAUCAUGGUGAGAGUGGUAAAAGCAUUUUCAUAGAAGCAAGAUGCAAAAUGCUUGUAACUUAUUCAAAUUUAAAUACAACGACCAUCUGCAACUAAUCCUUGAAUGGAAGUACCUGCAUGGACUUUUGAGCUGAUCUUAUUAGUAUUGUAAUAUGUAUUUUUGUUGCUGUAGGUCAUGCCAGAGCAUCGAAUUUCCUUUGUUAUGUUGUCGCAACAACCCCUGGAAAAGGUAUGUUAUAGCCUGCGUGAGUAACAUAUAAGGCAGAUUUCCACUGUCGCAUUUUUCUUACAUGCAUAUAUGCACGUAAAUGUUUAAAUCUUUCUAAAUUUUGUAUUAGUUGUAAUUACCUUUAAAUCAUACACAAAACUAAAUGCUGUAAUAUUAUUAUCCUGCGUGGCAGGCUCAGUGAAACAAGAGGCUGCAACAAUCUCAAGGAAAUUUGAUCACCGGCCACUAAUUUAUUUUCAAUCCAACCAAUCAUAUUCUCUGAAAUUCGUGGGUGUGAUGCAGUGUGAGUAAUAACUAACAUACUUUAUUACUGUUGUAGUUAAUCAUAUAGAGCAGCUCAAACAUUUUAACAAAUGGCAGUUUAAAUUACUUUUGGAGUAAAAAACCAGAAUUUACUCCGGCGACGUCAGUUUGGUGCAUGUGAUAAUAUGUCAGAAUGGUCUAAUAAUAGACUCAAAAAUACACUUAAUUACUUCAUAAGCAACUUUUGAAUGGAUUUAAACUUUUAUGUGCCUGCACAUAGGUGUGUAUGAAAAACGCAACAGUGUAAAUUCACCUUUAGUUCUGAAAACAUCGAAGUAGUACUGUUACCAAUAACAGUUGUUACCUUGACGCCAUUAUGUAAUGUUAUUUCUGUUUGUAAUAGCAAAAUCUCCAAAGAAAAUGAAGCCAGAAGGGUUGUGGAAAGCUGUUGUUCGUAGGAAAGUGUCACCAGAAAAACCAUUAUGA